UGCUGGGGACCCCACUGCCAACAUUGGGGUCCCAGGUGUGGGGCAGAGCAGAGGAGGGGUCUGGGGUCCCCCAUCCCCCAGGCUUGCCCCCUGCCCACCCCCCCUCCACCCUCCCCCCAGGGGACCCCCUCCUCUCCAACACCUUCACCGAGCCCACCAGGAGCAUCGUGGGGCCCGUGGGCCCCCCCGGCCCCGUGGGGCCCAUGGGUCCCCCCGGCCCCCCGGGUCCCACCGGGCCCCCCGGACCCCCCGGACCCGACGGACGAGCCGGAGCGCCCGGAGCUACGGGACCCCCCGGAGAGAAGGGGGACAGGGGUCCCCAGGGCCACCCUGGCAGCCGCGGGCAGGACGGGGCACAGGGUGAGCCGGGCCCCCGGGGCGAGCCGGGCCACAGGGACACUUGGGGGGAGGGUUUGCACCAGCUCCGGGAGGCGCUGAAGAUUUUAGCAGAGAGGGUUUUAAUCUUGGAAACAAUGAUUGGGCUCUACGGUGAGUAGGGGCACGGGGACCCCCGGCGUGCCCCCCAUCCAGGGGUGACCCCCAUCCAGGGGUGACCCCCAUCCCUGCCAGCAGGUCGCUGUGACGUCACG